AUGGAGCAGAGACCCCCAAAAUUGCCCAAGCUGGCCUGGGUGGAGGAGGAGGAAGAAGGCCCUGGAGCUGCCCCAGCACAGGAGACUGAAGAGGUGGUGCCAUUUGAGCUGCCACAGGAUGAUGCAGCCGUGGAGCGCACACAAGAGCAGGACCCUGCCCGUGGCCGCUUCCGCAGAACAGCGCAGCUGGUUUGCAAAUUCAUCAAGCGAAUUCGGCAGGAAGAGACCAGCACCAUGGGCACUGGGCUCCGAGCAUAUUCGCAGAUCUUCAAAACCAAGACCAGUGCUGCCCUGCUGAGCAUGCUCGUACAGGAGGGGUUUUGCAGUCCAAAGCAAGUGCCCGCCAUGGUGAGGUACAUCCACCAGUGGCUCAUGGCCAAUCAGUUUGUAGAGCACAGGCUGAACAGGACCCUGCUGUAUCUCACCAAAGCACAGCCAGCUGAUGUAGUCAUGACGCUCCUGCGUGUGGCCCCACCCUGUGACAGGCCCUGCCACACGGACACCUCAGCACUGAGCGCUGUCUCGGGGGGCUUUGCAGGCAACUGUGGUGAUGUGGAAGAUCCUCCAGGUGCCCUGUAUCCCACGUUUGCAGUGCGGACCCUGAUGUCCCUGCUCUGCCGAAUGCAGCACGAGGAUGUGGUGGUGGCAAUGGAACGCAAGUGUGGCUGGGACACGCUGCUGUGUGCUGACACCCACCACUAUGCCGUGGGUCUGCUGGCCAGGGAGAUGUCCUGUGUCUCCAUCCCCUUGCGUUCCCAGAUCAUUCGCUACCUGCUCCGGCUGCUCAGCACCCAGGAGCCACACUGGGAGCUGCCUGCCCUGGCGUUCCUUGCGGAGGUCCUCGAGUUGCUGGACUUGAGUGAACAUGGUGCUAACAGACUCCAGCAAAUCUUGUCAAGGCAGCUGCGGAGCGAGUGCAGGGAGAGGCGUCGCCUGGCACUCAGGGUCCUUUUUGAGAUCAUCGACGAUCCCUCAAUGAGCAAAAAAAUGUGGAGCCUGACUGAAAGUCUUGUGGAGCUCCUGUGGGACGCAGAUGGAGAGAUAGUCAGCAUGACAGUCAUGCUACUCAGCUUUAUCAUCUUGGACAAUGACAUGCUGAUACCCAGCCCCAUGGCACUGCAGCUGGUUGAGGCACUCCUGCCACUCUUUGACCAUGAGAAUAGCCAGGUGCAGCUGCUCUCCAUACUGCUCUUCCGAACAUUGGUGACUCUUCCACAGGAAAAGGAAAAAAAGGCCCUGAAGACACACCUGUGCCAGAGCCUGCUGCCACUCUUCUUCCACUGCCAUGAUGAGAAUCAGCGUGUGGCAGAGGCCUCUCUGGAAACGCUGCUUUGUGUGGUGGAGUUCCUGAAGAGAAGCGAUCUUGAAAAACUGGUGAAGGACAAGAAGCUGUGGAAGUUCACUGAGUGCCUGCUGGAAGAGGACACGAGCCGAGCGGCCGAGCACCUGCGCCGGGCACUGCCGUACCUGCCGAACCCACAGGAGUCCCUGCGAGAGGCGGCCAUCAGGUUCAUGGCCGUGCCCUCGGGCGGCAGCGUGCGGCAUGGCCCGGGCUGA